AUGUCAGUUGUAUUAUUCCAGGAUGGUGGAUGGACAGCAUUAAUGUGGGCUGCCAGUGAAGGACACCUGGAGAUCUGUAGACUCCUCAUUGAUACAGGAUGUUUGGACACCUGGAGAUCUGUAGACUCCUCAUUGAUACAGGAUGUAAGAGGAUGGACAGCAUUAAUGAAGGCUGCCUGGGGAGGAAACCUGGAGAUCUGUGGACUUCUCAUUGAUAGAAGAUGUAAGAUCGACAUCACACAAGAGGAUGGAUGGACAGCAUUAAUGAAGGCUGCCUGGGGAGGAAACCUGGAGAUCUGUGGACUUCUCAUUGAUAGAAGAUGUAAGAUCGACACCACAACAAGAGAUGGAUACACAGCUUUACAUUUGGCUGCUGAGGAGGGACAUCUACAGACCACAAGAUGUCUGGUAGAACAAGGAGGUGCCAGUCCCUUGCUUACAACACAUGAGGGUCUAACUCCAUAUGAUCUUGCAGCAGCAAAACUGAAAGAAUAUCCAGAUAGAUUUAAAAGUAACAAAGAAGUAAUGGAAUACUUGCAGAAAUUCCGUGAUAUAUCAGAAUCCAUUUUGACCAAACUCACCCAGUUGAAUAGAGAUGACUUCCAGGAUCUUGUAGCUCUAGGAACAUUUUCUUCCUACGAAAACAGGGUGUUUUUGGCUGGUCCUUGCAACAGUGGGAAAUCUUCGCUAGCAAGUAUUUUAAUUGACGAGGCAAUUCCAAAGACAUGGUAUUCAACAGAUGGACUAGUUAUUCAUUUUGGUAGAAAUGGCAUAGACUUACAACACAGAAAAAUGAUUCCAUUGAAAAAAGGUAGUGGUGAUAUUUUAACAAAACUUCUACUUGGAAAUCCUGAAUUAAAAGAACAACAAAGACGUUCUGUUGAAUCCCAAAUAGAUAAGAAUGUUGAUAAAAAUAUAGAUAAAGUCCCAGGUGAUCCUAAAUCAAAUCUUACAACAAAUGAAUCUAAGUUAAAUCCAUCUAACAUGGAAAACUUUCCGCCAAAACAGCAACGACAAAAAACCAGAGCAACAUCUGAAAUGUCCUUUUCUGGUAGACAACAACAAUUUCCUACUCAAACCUCUCAGAAGACUUUACAAGACCUCCAGGAACAGCCAAUUCAUACUGCUCAUUCCAUACAAGAUGAUUUAUUGGAGAAGAUUAAGGAAGGAACUUAUAUCAUGAAAAUAGCACCUUCGGAUUUGGUCGAUUUCGGUGGGCAAAGAUCGUUUGAUAUGACUCAUCAGUUAUUUAUCCAGCACAGGGGGACGUUCAUUCUGAUGUUUGAUGGACGUUUGGGCCUUUAUACAGAAUUGGAAGAAUACCCACAAGGAGAUGUUACAGCUGCAUCCAUUCUUGUGCAUUGGAUUAACUCUAUAUUGACUUACUGUACAAAAAGUGAUGACAAAAUGCCACGAAUUGUGUUUGCUGCUACCCAUAGUGAUAGCUUCUCUGAGGAUGAGAAAAAGAAAUUAGUUGUAACAUUCCAAGAAGAGCUGACACAGAUGUUUUCCUCACACAAACUUCAUGAGCAUAUCAUGUACUACAAAGUCUUUUUCAUCAAUGCAACGGAUAAAGCAGACGUAGAAAUUGGUCGUUUAAAGGAUAUAUUAGUUGACAUAGCAUUCCAGCAGUCAACAUGGGGACAACAAAUGCCGAUUGUUUGGGUUCCUCUUGAUUUACAGAUAUCAGAUAUGAGAGCAAAUGGAGUAAAGUUGAUAACAAAAGAAAGGCUGUUGGAAAUCAACCAGUCGAAUAAGGAAUUUGCUCUAAGUGAAAGAAGAUUUGAAGACUUCUUACUUGUUCAACACUCAAUCGGAAAGCUAUUGUAUUUCAGUGAACCUGCUUUACAAGAUUUCAUUGUCAUUCAGCCUUCAGCAAUGGUCAAUAUCCUGAGAGCAUUUAUCACAGACAGAAUUUUUUGGCCAGAGAAUGGACCCAUUCGAGACAUACUGCAGCGUUUAUCAUCUACUGGAGUUCUAAAGAAGAUCGAUCUUUUUACUCUUUGGUCACAACCAGCUUUUAACGAUAUUUUGACCGAUGAAAGAAUACAGGAAUAUGUAGUGAAGGUUCUCCUCCACCUUGAUAUCCUUGUAGAACCUCAACGCUACACUGAAAAAGAAAUAUCUGCAAAUUUGUUUUUGGUGCCCUGCAUUGUGACGGAAAAUAUUCCCCAAAAUAUGCAAAGUAAUGCAACAGAUGACAGAACGAUAUGUAUAGCUUAUCAUCUGAGGGAGACAGUGGUUCCAUCUGCUUUAUUAUUCAAACUUAUCGGUGCUUCAAUUAGCAUCUGGCCUUUGAGAGUAGUGAACUCUCGUUAUUGUCUAUUUUUUCAAGCAGCAAUUAUGGAUGCUGAUAACAAAAACGAACUUCAAAUUCACGUGGAAGGGCAUAGAAUCAUUGUAUACCUCAUACAUAAGGUGUCCAAGCAGCUCAUAUCUCCAGACCUAGCAACAACAACACAGGAAUGUUUGACUUUGGCACUAGAAAGAAUUAUUCAGUUUUACAAUCGUUGUUUAGGUGAACAAAGUCUUCAAGUUAUGUCAGAUCUGUUUGAAAUAGAAGUUGGAGAAGUAUGCGAAGGUGAAACAUGUUUAAUACCUUUGUCGGUUGCAAAACAGCAAGUCCAUUGGACAUGCAAGAAUGGUAACAAACAUGAAACUAAAUGGCCUCUGUAUUGGGUUUUUGACAAGAAUAAACAUCAUUGUGACUUAGACUGUAAAGGUCUCGAAAGGGAAACACUACUCUUAAGACCCAAUGAUCAGCAUUUUGUACAGCUAGCAAGAACAAUAGGAACUGGUGAAUUCCGCAAAUUCUUCAUGAACCUGGGUAUGAAGGAAGCUGAUUACGAAAACAUACAUUUUCGUUAUUUCUCAAAUCCAAUGGAUUUUAUGUUGUUUGGGCUCUUUGCAUGGAGAGACAGAGCAGAUAGUACUCCAUCGAAGGCAACCUUUGAGAAAUUACUGACAGCACUUGCAGCUAUAAAAGUACCACAUUAUCUCUGUCAGGUACACAGAGAGGACCAUACUUUAGUUGAAAUUGCUCACAAUCGCUUGCAAGACAUUCCAUCAGAUGACGUUAUUAAUACCUUAACAGAAAAGAAGCUGAUAGGUGAUUGUGUUGUUCACUUAGGCGUUGAAUUGGGUCUAAGCAUCAAUAGCAUUAAGGAGACAAUAGUCAACAAUCCAAGGGAUUUGUAUGAUCGUAUACAUAAUCUUCUCAUAAAAUGGAAAACUUGCAAUGAACCCAACAUGGUAACGCCAACAAUCUACCGACUAAUGGUGGCUUUAAAACGUGUUGAAGCGGCUGAAGGACUGGCUUUUGUGAUGAAAACAUAUGACGUGGAGCAAAACUAUGAAAGUCCAGAAAUUGUUGCAAGAUUGAAUCCUUACAAGGAAAAAUGCAAUCCAAUCCAACCUAAAGAUUCUCCCACCAAGGUACGUGUCCGUGUUAAAGCUGGUAAACAUGUAUUUGUCCAUGAAAUGGCACCAGGAACCGCCAGUCUUGCUGGGUUCAUCAACGAGGAAAUAAAUUUUACAAAGAUGGGAAUGAUUGCUCUGAAUAUUCUUGCUGCUGCUUUAUAUGACCUAUUAAAACCUGAUAAACCACAUCUACGUCAAAGGAGCGAUUGUGAUAUAACAUACUUGUACCAGGAGCACAGGAAAGUAAACAAAUAUAUUCCAACUAACGGAUGGGGAGGGAUGUGGCAAGCUAUUCAAGUUACAGACAUAUCUACUGGAGAUGAUAUCGAGCGCAUACGACAUACAAGGAAUGAACUACAGCACUCAACAGAAUUUAAACUUGGAGAUACACGUUUUAACGAGUUGUGUAACAUAAUAAGAGAUCUUUUAAACAGAUUUGAUAUACUUAACAAACCAGCAAGGCUUUAUAUUGAUCACCUAAAGGAAAUUUUGGCUAAAACUGUUUCUGCUCAGGAUGUUCAAUCAAUUAAAAAUGAAAUAUUAGAAAUGGAUAUUACAGUUGAAAUUGAAAACCCAAUGCAAGUUCAACCUUAAUAAAAAAUUAAAUCAGGAUUUUUAUUGCAAACAGUUAUUUUUGGCACAUUAUUUGAAAUAGGCAUACUACUUAUCAUACCAGCAUAUUGACAGUAGAUCAACAACAAUUCAUGACUAGAAUGCCGUCUUUAGAGUAGAGAUGUAAUGCUGUUAUUUAUAGUAAGUCUAAGGUUUAAGACAUUUCAAAGAAGACAUAGUGAACCUAACUGUCUAUUCAUACAGUUGACGAAAGUAAUGGCUGAGAUAAAAUAGUGGACCAAUCUUUAUAUUGGUAGAAUUAUGAAAGUAAGGCCACACCAAUUUAAUUUCUUGUUCUACGGAUUUUUGGACUCCAAAAAUUGGGGCGAGCGAGCGAUUUGAAAAUUUUAAUAAAAAAAUAUUUAAUUUGAAAAUUUUUUUAGGCGCUGCUUAAAAAGUAAAGGCGAGCGAUUAUAUUUUUUUUUUGUAAACAUAAAAUAGUAGGUUUUGACUAUAUUAAAACUUCAUUGAUCACUUGUACCUUGACAUUUCUUUAAUUUAUGAAGUAUUUGUUCCCUGUUCAACAAGAACUAAUUGAUUAAUUAAAUCUGGUCUAUGUAUGUGUGACUGAAAAUGAGACAAUUCUCCAUCCAGGUCAUAAUCAGGUUCAGAACAACCCCUUAAUGUUAUGAUUAUUAACUUAUGAAUAUCCAUUUUAUGAGGUUAUGAAUAUCCCUUUUAUGAGGGGUCAAUAUAAGUUAUAAUAUAUUUUUUUUGUAAAAAUACUUUAAGUACAAAAGGGCUUGUAUUUUCUCAAAGAACUAUAAUAUUUGGCAUUAAAUGGUCAAAAAAUGUCCAAGAAUUUUGUAAUAUUCCUGGACUUUAACCAUGUUAACACAUUUACUUUAACAGUUUAAUAUUAUUCAAAACAAGUGGACCCAUCCCUCUUUUAGAAAAGUUGUUUAAAAUAUAAUGUAUUUCUCCUCUUUUUGAGUAAAAAAUUCUAAAUUGUCAAAGGUUUUGUAUAGUAGCACCAAGGAUUUGUAUAGUUAACUAUACAAAUCCUUGGUAGCACUAUUCAAAUCUUUAGUAUUUCUAUUUUCUUUUCUACAACAGUAAACCUGGUAAAAUGACCCCUUCAAGGCCAAGUUGUCUGAGGGAGGGUUGGUCCCAACCUGAUAAUAACAAACAUAGGUCCAAGUACAGCCUUUUACACAGAGCUUUGAUCAAGACCAACCAGCAAGCUAUAAGGGACCACAACUUAGUAUUGUACACAAUUCGAACAGGAAAACCAACAAACUAAUUUAUAUUUCCAAACGGGAAAAUACCAAUGAACCACAUCAACAAAUGAUAACUGCUGAACGACAGGUCCCUGAAUCAACAGGACAGGUGCACAAACCUGCAGCGUGUAUGACCGUCGCCAUACAUUAUAAUUACAGUUAAAGGCAAAUCCUUCAGAAGUUCUUUGUACUUUAUUUUAACAACGAACCUUUUUUUGUAGGGAAUAUAAGUUAAGGGGGAAAGAAACCAACGUUUUGUUCUGUACUGGUAUUUCCGCUAUAAUGUAUUUAUAUCGGAGCACUCCCGCUUGGAAUAAAUUGGUUUCAUGCUGAAACAAAUAUUCUCGCAGAUAUUUACAGUGUUGUGGGGUGUUGAUAGGUUUAAAAUCGCAAUAUAAAGGCAAGACUGUGAUUUUUAAAACAAAUGUUGCGAUCUUUUUAUAAUAUUUAAAAAAAAAACGGUGCGGGAAAUGGACAUGUUUUCAUUUCCGGAUGCGGGAAGCGGGAAUAUAAUAAAAAUAAAAAAAAUCUGUUUUGAAAAAAAUAGGUGCGGGCGGGUCCGUCGAACAAGGAAUCAAAUUGGUGUAGCCUAAUGGUCAAGAUACGAUAGUGGACCAUUGUCGAAAUUGUGGACUAAACUUAAAAAGGGAACCGAUAUUGUAAUGUUUAAGUGUUAUUAUUUAAUAAUUUAAUUACAUGCAGCAAACAUGUUAUGUGAAUAAUUACCAAUACUUAAAUCGUUAUGUACAUAACAAUUAAUAUUUGUUUAUAAAUAUGUUUCGUGUGUUAUAUUAAUGAAAUGAAAUGUUAAGACGUAGAAAAUAUGUAUAGUACACAGACAAAACAAGAACGCAUAACAAAACAGCCUUUAUCUUUUUAUCAGAAGUAACAGAAUUAUUUUUGUCCUUUUGUGAAGUUAAUGUAGAUAGACGACCUUAUUAGUCAUCAUUAAAUAUAUUUACAUCUUUUGUAAACCUUGGCUUGAAUAAUUGUAUGUAGAUAGAUCACCUAAUUAGUCAUCAUUAGAUAUAUUUACAACGUUUGUAUACUUGAUUUUUUAUUAUUAAUUGUUUUGGCUUUUAACUAGCUGUCAGUAACUGCGAGUACUCUAAAAUCUAACUUUCUUUAAAAUUUGACCUGUUUAUACUACUUUUAAUGCUUUUUUGUUAUUUAAUAUAAACAUGGAUCUUGUUUAUAUGAUGAGUUUAUUUACAACCACUGGGUCGAUGCCACUGCUGGUGGAGAUUUAUUUCCCCGAGGGUAUCACCAGCCCAGUAGUCAGCACUUUUUAAGCUGACAUGAAUUAUCAUUCAUACGGUUAUAUUUAUAAAUUAACUAUUUACAAAAUUUAGACUUUGAAAAACUUAGGCUUUUCUACCCCAGGCAUAGAUUACCUUAGCUGUAUUUGGCAAAACUUUUAGGAAUUUUGGUCCUUAAUGCUCUUCAUUUCGUACUUUAUCUGGCUUUUUCAAUUUUUUGGGGAUUCGAGCGUCACUGAUGAGUCUUUUGUAGACGAAACGCGAGUCUGGCGUAUGUACAAAAUUUAGUCCUGGUAUCUAUGAUGAGUUUAUUUACUAUAUACCAGCUUUGAUUAUUUGGAAUUACAACAAAUGUUCAUUUCUUCGUACUAUGAACAUCAAAUGUUUUUUUUUUCAUUUCUCCCUAAAUAUUGUUCUUGCAACUGUACAGGAAGUUUUAUCUAGCACUUAUUGUAUAUUUUUAUUGCUGAUAUUCCCCCAUAUAUACCAAGUGUUAGAUUAGUUUUAUUGAUAUAAAAGAUUUAUUGGUAUUCCUAAACGGAAGAUUUUUUACACACAGAAGAAUAAGUAUACUUAACCACAAAAUUAUUUUCAUUUACUUGUGUAUUAUAUGACACUGGUCUCUUCAAAAGUGAUGAUUUUCUAAAAUGUGUUUAACAUUUCACAGUGAUAUCAUACUUUAACUUUGUUUAAACUGUUUAUUUACUUUUGACCUUAAUUAUUUAUCCAUUAUAGUGUUUAUUAACUAUGUAUUUGCAUUCGGGUAUCGCAGAUCAAAUUAAUUGAAUCAUUCGGUGCUAAUUUGCUUAUUUUUAUUCAGUUAAGCCUUCCAAUUGAUAUUUUAUAGUAUGUUUUCUGUGUUGUGAUGUUAUACUAUUGUUUCAGAAAAGUGAGAAGGUAUGGUACCAUUUUAACGUUCAAUCCUGCUGCACCUGUUUGCACCUGUCCUAAGUCAGGAAUCUGAUGUACAGAAGUUGUCGGCUGUUUAAAUAGAUCAUAAAGUUACGUGAUCCUGGUUUUCGCAUUUAAAUAGUUCCACACUAGUAAUUUUUGGGGCUUGUUGUUCGGUGUGUACCAGGGCUUCAUAAAUUGUUACUUGGAUGUUGAGCUGUCUCAUUGGUACACAUACCACAUCUUCCUAUAUCUCUUUUCCUCUUCCUGAAGCAGGGAUUAUUUAUUUGGACUCCGUAAUGAUCUCAAUAUCUAAAAAGAAGGAAUAUGGUGUACAUAUAUUUCAUAACUAGAUUAAACAGUUGUAGCAUGCCAGAUAAUUCUAUAUUUCCAAAUAUAUAGAGACCUGUUUGUGUAAUAAUCACUGAUCAGAAUACAAAAUAAGGCAAUAAUGUGUGAUUGAAUGAAAAAUCUAUCCAUCCAAUGGUAGAAUAAUGUGAAUGUAAGCAACUAAAGCAUACUGCAUCGCAUUCAUCAAAAAGCUAAAUCGAUUUAUUGUAAACUAGAGAAAGCCCUUGCAUAAAAUAAAUGUGAAACAAUCUUAUUUAUGAUAAAUAAUCAACAACUACAAGGGUUGUUAAACAACCUGGACAUCCUAUGAGGG